AUGUCUAAUGGAGAAGGAGCGGUUCGCUUCCCUUUAUCUGCUUCAAGCACUCUUGUCAUCCAAAAGGGAGAUAUCACCAAGUGGUUCAUCGACGGCUCCACAGACGCCAUCGUUAAUCCAGCAAAUGAGCGAAUGCUUGGAGGUGGUGGUGCAGAUGGAGCUAUACAUAGGGCUGCUGGCCCAGAUCUUCUACAAGCAUGCUAUAGUGUCCCAGAAGUCAGGCCAGGUGUCCGUUGCCCCACUGGAGAAGCAAGGAUUACCCCAGGUUUUAAGUUGCCUGCUUCUCAUGUAAUUCACACUGUUGGACCAAUCUACCGUUCUGUCAGUAACCCAGAAGUUUAUCUGAGUGCUGCAUACAGGAACAGCUUGAGCAUAGCCAAAUCAAACAACAUUCAAUAUGUUGCAUUUCCUGCCAUUUCUUGUGGCGUGUAUGGAUAUCCUUAUGAUGAAGCAGCCACAGUAGCUUUAUCUACAAUUAGAGAGUCUGUGAAUGACCUAAAGGAGGUGCACUUUGUUCUGUUUGCAGAUGAUAUUUACACUGUUUGGUUGGACAAGGCCAAUGAAUUGCUUAAAGCUUAA